AUGAAAACACGUACGUGCCAACUGGGAUUAGAUGACCGUUGGGAUUCUCUUUCUAAUCUAUCUAUCUAUCUAUCUAUCUAUCUAUCUAUCUAUCUAUCUAUCUAUCUCUCUCUCUCUCUCUCUAUAUAUAUAUAUAUAUAUAUAUAUAUAUAUAUAUAUAUAUAUAUAUAUCAAUCUAUAUAUCUAUCUAUAUCUAUCUCUGUAUAUCUCUAUCUAUCUAUCUAUCUAUCUAUCUCUAUAUAUCUAUCUCUAUAUAUCUCUAUCUCUAUCUGUAUCUAUCUAUCUAUCUAUCUAUAUCUAUCUCUAUAUAUCUAUCUAUCUAUAUCUAUCUCUCUAUCUAUCUCUAUCUAUCUAUCUAUCUAUCUAUCUAUCUAUCUAUCUAUAUCUCUAACUAUCUAUAUCUAUCUAUCUGCCUAUAUCUAUCUAUCUAUCUCUAUCUAUCUAUCUGUCUAUAUCUAUUUAUAUCUCUAUCUAUUUAUAUCUAUUUAUAUCUCUAUCUAUUUAUAUCUCUAUCUAUUUAUAUCUCUAUCUAUUUAUAUCUAUUUAUAUCUAUCUAUAUCUAUAUCUAUUUAUAUCUAUUUAUAUCUAUCGAUAUCUAUUUAUAUCUAUUUAUAUAUAUAUAUAUUUAUAUCUAUUUAUAUCUAUAUAUGUAUGUAUAUAUAA